AUGCGUCUCCAAACCGGCGCAUCGAUUUCGCUCUUGGCGGCGGCAGCCAAUGCCAAAUCACUCGCCGAUUUGUGCACCGUCUCGCACGUCAAGUCUACUCUGCCCUCGGACGGCACUCUGUCCGGCAUCAACGUGAUCCCCUCAGCCUCCACCGCCAACAUUUUGUACAAUGCUAGCACCGGCAUGGGUAGCUCCAGCAGCUCGACCUACAAUUACUGCAACGUGACUCUCACCUACCGUCACCCCGGCAAGACCGCCAAUGUCAUCAUCAACCUUGGUUUGCCGUCUCCUUCCGACUUCAAAAAGCGGUUUUACGUUGCAGGUGGUGGUGGCUACUCUUUGAACGCCGAUUCUACCGGUGGUCUCGAGUACGGUGCUGUUAGUGCUGCUACCUCUGCCGGUUAUGAUGCUCUGAGUGGCACUACCCUUGACGAGGUUAAUCUAGCCGGGAACGGCUCGAUUAAUUGGGAUAAUGUCUACAUGUUCAGCUACCAGGCUCUAGGUGAAAUGACCCAGCUUGGAAAGUAUGUCACCAAGAACUUCUACGGCAUGAACGACAGCAAAAAGCUCUACACCUACUAUGAGGGAUGCUCCGAUGGUGGACGUGAGGGUAUGAGCCAGAUCCAGCGCUAUGGUGAGGAGUAUGACGGUGCUAUCACCGGCGCCCCGGCCUUCCGUUACGGCCAGCAGCAGGUCAACCACCUCUUCCCCAACCUUGUUGAGCAUACUAUGCACUAUUACCCUCCUCCUUGUGAGCUUGCCCAGAUUGUGAAUGCUACCAUCAAAGCUUGCGACCCUCUGGAUGGCCGUACGGACGGUGUCAUCUCCCGUACCGAUCUCUGCAAGCUCAACUUCAAUAUGUCCUCAAUCAUCGGCGAGGACACAACUUCCUACCAGCCCGCUCAGAGCGGCAAAGUCUCGAAGGAGGGUGUCGCCGUUGCUCAGGCCAUCAUCGACGGUCUCCACAACCUCAAGGGCGAACAGGCCUACCUUUCGUGGCAGAUCGGUUCCGAGUUCUCAGAUGCUGCGACGCAGUGGAACAACAACACCAAAGCGUGGGAGCUCGAUAUUACCUCCCUUGGCGGUGAGUUCGUCACCAAGUUUGUCGAGCUUGUCGACCUCGACAACCUUUCCACUCUAGAUGGCGUUACCUAUGACACUAUGGUCGGAUGGAUGAACACUGCUAUGAUCCGCUACAUGGAUAGUCUACAGACCACUCUGCCCGAUCUGACUGCCUUCCAGCAGGCAGGUGGCAAGCUCAUUCACUACCACGGCGAGUCCGACCCCAGUGUUCCUACUGGGUCCUCCAUUCACUACUGGCAGUCCGUCAAGUCCAUCAUGUACCCCGGCGAGUCCUUGAGCAAGGCUGCUUCCAAGAUGUCUGACUGGUACCAGCUUUAUCUGAUCCCUGGUGCCGCCCACUGCGGUACCAAUACCCUUCAGCCCGGCCCUUACCCCGAGGACAACAUGGCGACUAUGAUUGACUGGGUCGAGAACGGUAUCAAGCCCCAGCGUCUGAACGCUACGGUUUCUUCUGGCACUUACGAGGGUGAGGUUCAAAAGCUUUGCCAGUGGCCCAAACGCCCUCUCUGGAAGAGCAAGACUCACUUUGAUUGCGUCUAUGACCAGAAGUCUUACGAGAGUUGGACUUAUGAAUUCCCCGCCUUCAAGAUCCCUGUCUACUAA